GCAGGUUGGACUCUGUGGAGGUCUGCAGGGUCCUGCAGGUUGGACUCUGUGGAGGUCUGCAGGGUCCUGCAGGUUGGACUCUGUGGAGGUCUGACAGUGUCUGGGCCACUCUAGGUUUUAGUUUGCUGUCAUGAUUUUCUAGACUGUUGUUCCUCCUUCAUUUAAAAAUGAACCUUAAAGCUCUUAUUGUGAAAGUACUUCCUGCCAGGUGGGGCUGUGACUCAUCAGGAAAUAACUCACCUGAGUUGUUGAUCGGGACAUUUUGGACUGGUUGAAGAAACAGUCGAGUGAGGCUGAGACGCAGUUCUUCCUCUCGGAGUGGAGCUCCAGAUGAAGGGUUAGGAGAUGGGAUGGCCCUGUAAAUUGUGCAGCUCUGUGGUACCAGGAAGGAGUGACAUUUUAAAGCAUUAUAGACUGCAUCACGGGACCCUUGGACACAGCCAUGCCUUGCCUUGUAUUCAUAUAGAUUGCCCAUGUUCUUUUAAAUCCUGGAGUUCCUUCCGUUCUCACCUCUCAAGAAACCACCCAGAAGCUAAAUCCCUUAACUCACCUCAAGUAAGUCUUUCAUUUACCUGCCCUUUGUGUCAAAACCCUGGAUUUCACAACGAAAAGGAUUUUUUUGAACACAUAGGUCAUCAUCUCAAUAAUAAUGAGACUGUGAAGUGUGUCUUCAUAGGAUGUGAUCACUAAACAAAUGUGUAUGGGACAUUUGCAACACACAAACACAGGAAGCAUACUCCACAUAAAUCACAAGAUUUCAAACCAGGGAUUAUCUGUGGGUUACAAGAGGAAGCACUUGAUGCUGAAGCCUUUGAAAAGGAUGAAGUCCAAAAUGAUGUUACUCAUGAAGGCAGUAGCACCAAUGCACACUAUGAAGAGGAAGAUGGAAGCAAUGUAGUUGUAGAGUAUAUUGCAUCCCUCUUGUUGAAAUUAGAGAGUGUUCAUCAUGUUUCAGUUCGGUGCAUUGAUGAAUUGGUUGAUGAUCUUCACUUUAUAGCAAAUUCUGCACCUAUAUCUUCAGUGAAAAGUAUUAUUGUUUCACAUUUUAUGAAACAUAACCAAACCAUUGAUGACACUGUUGUUACAUCUUUGGUGGAAGAAUUGUGCAAUUCCAAUCCACUAAGCAUAGCACUCAGUAGUGCUGGUCCUCUAUCCUCAUCAGUCAAGAGACGGCAGUAUUAUAAAGAGAAAUUUGAAGUUGUUGAGCCUGUUGAGUAUAUCCUUGAACCAAACGAGAAGAGAAGUUUCCAGUAUAUCCCAAUUCUCAAAUCUUUGAUUCACAUUUUGGGUAAAGAAGAUCUUAGACAAAAAGUUCUGAGUAAGGAAAAGGACAAGUCAUCUACUAAAUAUGAAUCAUAUCAAGAUGGUACAAUCUAUAAAGAUAAUGCUUUUUAUUCUGAAGAACUAAGAAUUGCACUUGUACUGUACAUUGACGACUUCGAAAUUUGCAAUCCACUGGGAACUUCAAGACAGAAACAUAAGAUUACAGCUGUAUACUGGGUGUUUGGCAACAUUCAACACUCAUCUCGGUCAACUCUGAGCUCUGUGUACUUAAGCCUUUUAUGUAAAGCAGUGGACAUCAAAAGAUUUGGCUACAAGAAAGUGCUUGCCCCUUUGUUAAAAGACAUUGCUAUCUUGGAGCGUGAUGGCAUCUACAUUUCCUCGGUUGAACAAAAUGUGAAAGGAAGUGUGUUUUGCGUUGCUGCAGACAAUCUUGGGGCACACUCAAUUUGUGGAUUAGUGGAAAGUUUUUCUGGACCAUUUAUUUGCAGAUUUUGUCUUGGACAGCGAUCAGAAUUUCAGAUAAAGGAGGUGAGGUCUGGUGCAUUUCCUGCUCGCACCCAAGAAGCACAUGCAGCUCAUGUAUUGACUGUCAAAGGAGACCCUGCCUUGGCACAUUGUUUUGGUGUUAAAAAGGCUUGCCCAUUGACCGAAAAUCUGAGCUACUUUCACUGUGUCACUGGCUAUCCACCUGACAUAUUACAUGACAUUUUUGAAGGGAUUGUUCCUUUGGAACUAGGUCUGUGCUUCAGCGUUUUCAUUUCUAAGAAAUAUUUCACAUUUAGUGAACUUAACAGUGCUAUUUCACAGUUUCCAUAUAAAUGGGCUGACAAAACAAACUCUCCUCAGCCAGUACCUACUACCUUCUUCUCAAGAAAAAAGAUUGGAGGAAAUGCGCAUGAAAAUUGGGCCCUCAUACGUAUGUUGCCAUUGAUUAUUGGGCAAAAAAUACCUUUGAAUGAUCCAGCCUGGCUUCUGCUGAUGUCUUUAAAAGACAUUAUUGAGCUUGUUGUGGGUCCAGUCCAUAAUGAGGAAAGCAUUGCAUAUCUUGACUCAAAGAUUUCAGAACACAGACACAGAUUCCAGCAAGUGUUCCCUAAUGAAAAUUUAAUCCCGAAGCACCACUUUUUAGAACACUAUCCAGCAUUGAUAAAAGCUUUUGGACCCGUGAUAGCUUUUUGGACGAUGCGGUUUGAAGCAAAACACAGCCAGUUUAAACGGAUUGUAAGGCAUACUGGCAACUUCAAGAACAUUCUCCUGUCCCUGGCUACAAAGCACCAGCUUAUGAUAAGCCACAUCCUGCAUUCCACAACACCUUUGCCUGCUCUUAGUGUUGUAAGAGUAACAUCAGUUCCAGUUGAUGUGCUACAUGUAAAUGUACAGGAGUCAAUCAGACAUCUAUCUCCAUCUUAGACUCAAGUUCAGCUGGCUGAAACAGUCACUUAUCAGGGAACAAGGUACUCAAAAGACAUGAUUGUGGCCUAUGGUUCUACUGCAGGUCUUCCUGAUUUUGCAGUGAUUCUUCAAAUUGCACUUAUUGGGGAAAGAGUGUAUUUUAUUGUGCGAACACAGAUAUCCUGGUAUGACGAACAUUAUCGUGGAUAUUAUCUGGAGAAAACGGACCACAUGACUCUUGUUGAGCAACGAUGCCUUACUGAUGUAUGUCCUCUGUCUGCCUAUAUGGUUGCAGGAAAGCCAAUGGUGACAUUGAAGCGCCACAUCUGUCUCCAGUGUUGAGUAUCAUACCUCUCUGUCUUUUGUCUUCCUAGACAUGGAGCAAACUGUAAGAUUCCGGGUCCUUAUUGAUCAAGAAGUCAAGAAACUCACUCUCAGCAGUGGCAUACCCUCAACUGUGACCGAGUUGGUUGCAGCUGUCAAAGAACAUUUUUCCAUCCCCACAGAUAUAAGUCUUCAAUACAAAGAUGAGGAAUUUGAUGACUUCUUCACCUUAACCUCUACCAAUGAGCUAAAUGAUAAAGACACACUUAAAGUUGUGUAUGCACCGCUGGAGUUGGCGCUGACAGUUGUUCCUCAAGAAAGCACCCCUGAUGCCUCUGUCAGCUUUUGUGAUUGUACAAGUCUCAGUGGGGACUCAGUGGAUUCUGUCGUUCUGAGUCCUUCCUCCUCUGAAAGGCAGAGCCCAUGGCCUGCUGUGUUUCCCAUUCCAACCUUCUCACACAACACUGAACUGGCCUUAAGACAAGGAAAUGAGAUUUAUUUAAGAGAAGGCACCCCAAUGACAUCCCCAAGUGUCAAAUCAGACAUCUUGGAGCGCUUAGCAGAGGCUAUGUUUUCCUACACAGCUUACCCCAAUGAUGCCCAAAGAUGUGUAGUGGCAGAGGCACUAGUUGCAAAGCAUCCCUGCUUAAAGGAGCCCGGAUCCUUUAAUGGAAUUUAUGGGUGGCAGCAAAGCCUAAAGUAUAAGUGUGGAAACUACCGGACAAAACGGAAAGCACUUGGAAGCCCUGAACUCCUGAUAAACACACUGAGAAACAAGUCAAAUGAUGAACGAAAAGCUGCUAAAAAUGUCAAGAAACCAAAGAGAGCAGAGGUGAAUUACUUACCCUCACACCCACAUGGUGAAACAGAUGACACCCUUGAAAAUCUGAGACUUGACCUAAUUGCUGCCCAUCAGAAAAAGGACUCUGUCAGGAGCAUAAACGAUAUGAUGGCCAGAACAUACAGCUGGAGAAGACAGGAAGUGGUUGCUAAGUCUCCUGGUGUGGCAGAAUUUAAGGAAAGAUGGCCUGCCCUCUUCGAACCAUUUCAGGUAAACGAGGAGUUCCGAAGAUGUACUGCAGUUCCCCUGGAAGCAACGUUUAUGUCACAGCUGGACAGGACACCCCAAAGUUCCUGGAGCUCUUUGGUGCCAAGGGAGGAGCAACUGGUCAACGCAUCAAAAACAUCUUGAUGGAACUGAUACAGAUGGGGAAAAAUACCUUACAAAGAUAAAAGAAGCGAGAUGUCACUCUGAGAUGCCUCUUUGAGUAUAUGGGAAAGAGUGGACAAGAGCUCAUCUCUGAUUACUGUGGGGCUGCAGAGACCACUGUUCACGAAGACCUGAAAAUGAAGAAUAUGAGCAUCUAUGUCUGCCGUGAGCCAGAUGCAGUAGGAAUCAUCAUUGAGGGAAUACCAGUCCUUACCCAUCUUGGAAAUCUGGCCAAAGCAUGCUGCUUACUGCUUGGGUUGACCUAUGCACUUAAUCUUGAGUAUCCAUCCAAGCUUUCCAAAACAUUUGAGGUGUUUCAAAGACUUUUUGUGGGACUUGACACAAUGCGCCCCAAACCAAGCCCAAAGUUCCUGACUCUGAAAAACAAGCUCCUUGCCUAGGCACUCAGAUAUGACGGUCACCCUGCUCUCGUGAGCUGUUUUGUUCAACAUCAUUAUACAUUGGACAUAACGUUAAAUUUUUCAGGAUGUUGUAAUAGUUCUUGUCAUAUUUUAAACUGCUGCAGGUCAUACUUUCUGGUGUGGAAAAAGUUGAUAUUGUAUAUACACUCACAAAAUAGCCUUGCUGUGAAGCUGCACUUUAAAAACUGUUCAGUAGUUGGGAUCAGUGAGGUGUUUCAAAAUAUCCACACAUGCUGUGAAGGUAGUAUACUCUUGUAUUAUGCUAAGCUGUACUUUUUAAGUUGAGGUCAGAUGCUCAUGCUUGUGACCUGUAAUGUUAGUGUUAUGUACACACUGUAAAGGUGUUUCAACAACCAGCACUUUUAAAGCUGACAUCAUGCUUUCUUUAGUCCAGGAAAACAGAUGUUCUUAAUUGUUUACUGUCCAGCUUAUAGCUACUGUUUGAAUGUGGCUUUUGAAUUGUUACAAAAGUGCCUGUUAACUUGAUUAUUGUUUUAAUAUGUAUGUUAUAUAUAUUUUGAUGUGUUCUACAAACCUGCAUUUUUUUAAGCUGAGGCUUUCUAGCUUUCUUUAAUGCAUAAAGAC